UAUGGACCGCUUCCUCUUCCGGCCGAGGGGGAGGAGUCGUGCGCUUUCGCUGCUGUUGUUGCCGCCACUGCCUCUGCUGUCGUCGUCGCUGCCCGGUGCUGUUUCUGCUUCCUCUGUUUUCUCGCGCCCUCUUUUUUCUCUCUCCGUCAUCAGAGCCUCCUUCCAGCCCUCGUCACUUUCGGCCGCUCGGUCUAGGGUCCGGUGCUGUCUGGUGAGGCCGCCUUAGAGCUAGGAAAAUGUCUGAUGAAUUUUCAUUGGCAGAUGCUCUACCAGAACAUUCACCUGCCAAAAAUUCCACUGUGAGCGGUACAAAACCUGGUCAACCACCACAGGGCUGGCCAGGUUCCAGUCCUUGGAAUAAUCCAAGUGCUCCACCUUCUGUGCCAUCUGGACUUCCAUCAAAUGCAUCACCCUCCAGUGUGCCUUUUGGACCUACACCCACAGGAAUAUAUCCUUCAGUGCCUGCUGGACCACCCCCUGGACCUCCAGGACCUUUUCCUCCUUCUGGACCAUCUUGUCCUCCUCCUGGUGGUCCUUAUCCAACUCCAUCUUUGUCAGGUCCUGGUCCUACAGGGCCAUAUCCUACACCAAACAUGCCUUUUCCAGAGCUUCCGAGACCAUAUGGUACACCCACAGAUCCAGCUACAGCUGGUCCUUUAGGGCCAUGGGGAUCCAUGCCUUCUGGACCAUGGACACCAGGAAUGGGAGGGCAGUACCCUACACCUAAUAUGCCAUAUCCAUCUGCAGGGCCAUAUCCUACUCCUCCCCAAGCACCAACGACAGCACCACCUAUUCCAUGGGGAGCUGUCCCACCUGGAGCAUGGGGACCACCUGUGCCAGCUCCAUUCCCUGCACCUAUGGGAUCAUAUCCUGCACCAGGACUCUAUCUUACUCCUAAUAAUCCUUUUCAAGUGCCUUCUGGACCUACUGGUGCUCCACCAAUGCCUGGUGGUCACCAUUCUUACCAUUGAGUUUUUGAUGGACAAUGAGACGACUCUCUACUUUCCAGAGUUAUGUGUAUGUAUGUAUGUAUGUGUAUACAGUAUAUGUGUGUGUGUAUAUAAUAUACACACACACAUACACACACAAACACAAACAUUAAAAAGUUUUGAUUUCAUUGCUUAUGGGACAUUUCACAAAUGGGGUCUCAGACAACUCAGAAGACUCAGCUCUUGGAUCUGGAUAUACACUUGGAAUAAUUAGAGAUAAUAUUGUAAACUUAAAAUUAUUCAUAUGUAUUUUUCAUUUGUUAUACUAAGGGAAAUCAAAGUAAUUAAAUGUAUUGACUAACUUUUGGUAGAAUUUGUGGAAUAUUCAUUUUUUUAAUUAUGAAACCACACACUUAAGAAAUCUACAUUGAUAUGGAUGGUAAUUACCUAUAACUUUUUGGAAAUUUUAAUUCAAAUUUUUUUGGACAUCUUUGUUUCCCUGAAUAUAUUUCUGACAAAUCAUUUUGCCAUAUGUUUUUUAAGAAAACAAGAAAAGACCAAAUAAAUGCUUCUGAGUAUUUUGAACAGUAUUGUCUACAGAGUAAAUAAAUUUUGUGCUCCUGGGUUAUAAUUCUGGAGUAAAUGUUUAAAAAUAUGAGUUCUGAAUUAAUGCUUCUCAAGUCUUAAGAAUGGUUUUGUUAGUGUGCAUAUCCUUGAACACUGAAUAUUAAAUAUUCUUGCUUUCUACCAGCUAUCAUUCUGACUUAUUUUAGUUUUGUUUUUAGUAAUUUUAGUUGUAAUUAUAAAAUUAGUUAUCCAUGAACCCUAUUAGAAACUUUUGUGUAUUCUUACCGACAUAUCCAGUAGUGAUAUGGUGACUUUGUGGUGACUCUUGAUUGUGUUAUGAGUUAUUCACGUUAUUGAGGAUGAAGAGCUCAGGAAAGGGAGAACCUUUGGUUCCUUGACUUGUACCCCAAAGAAGAGCCUUGGAAUUGAUUUGCAACAUCAAGUUUUCUCAUUCCUAUAGAACUUUGAUGGUCCUUGGGGAUUCCUUUGUCCUUCCUUAAUAUAGAGAGCUGGUAACAUUCUUGACAUCUUCCCUAAUAAUGUACCAUUAAUUUAUCAUAUUAAUAGAACCUUAUGUAUGAUUUCUUCUCCCAAAGUCUUAUAAACAUAUCAAUUAUUUCUUAUCAAGUGUUAUAGUUCUCUUUAUAAAAUAUUUGAGGCAAAAGAAUAUCUCCCCUUUAGAGAAUGGUGUCCAAAUACUGAUAUGCAUAGAGUAUAUAAGAUGUGGAAGUAAUGUUCCCAUCAACAAAUUCAACAAGCUUUUAUUCUGUAUGGGAUGAAGCUGCUGCUUCAUCUCAACCACGUUGCCAGAUUUGGAUUAAACUUGUUUGACAAUUGAAAGGGGAUUUCAAUAAGUAUCUUCAUCAGGCCAUUUAAAAAUUUAUGUUCUUCAGUUAGUAAUGACAAGUGAUGACAGCUGUUGAAUAAUUA